CAUCUACACAGUGAUGGCGCGGGCUCUUUGUUGUACUUUCAUAGCACAACGGCUUUUCUGUCCGUUUAGACUUGAUAAAAAAAAAAAAGGCUAAAUAACGUCACUAGUGGGGGCGUGUCAGUCGGCAAAGCGGGAUGUGACGUUAGCGAGAAGACGCAUUACGCGUCUCGAGGCGGGAUGUGGCGUCACGGAGUAGGCCGCAGAGAGCAGCGUGAUAGGAGGAUGGAGAUAGAGAUGUGAUGCUGUGGAGGACGCUGUGAGUAGUAGCGGUCAUGGCUCCGGUCUAAACAUGGACAAACACAGCCCGCGUCUGUCUCCUGCGUGCGAAUCUGAGCGGAUAUCUAAAGUUUACGCGUAGUUCUUGAUAUCUUAAAAUUGUAACCAUUGAUCACACGCUGCAAUGGACACUGGUGUAGUUACACAGGGAGAAGAGAAACCCAUCGCCAACUGGACUGACAGAAGCCCACCAGAGUGGGAAGCUUAUGUGAACAAGGAGGUCACAGUUACUGCCGACGAGAAGAACAAAUACCAAGGAUGGGUGGCCACAAUCGAUCCAGUGUCUGCAAGUGUUGUCCUUGUUAACUUGGAAGAUAAGACGUCUGUCCGCAUAGUGAUGGGGCAUGCAGUGCAGAAAGUGGAAAUACUGAAAGAAGCAGAUGAGGCCACCAAACAGAAACUUAUAAAUAUGUUCAACCUUCAGGAAAGCAGUAGAACCUACAAUAAGCAGGACCUGGACGCCAAAAAGCUCAAUCUGAAAAGCUGGCUGCAGAAGAACAACAUUCCAGUCAGUGAACAGGGGGAAUCUAUGAGGACAUUAUGUGUUGCUGGUGUAUUAACCAUUGAUCCUCCUUAUGGCCCCGAAAACUGUAACAGCACUAAUGAAAUCAUAUUGUCUCGCAUACAAGGACUAAUACAGGGUUAUAUGACAAGCCAGUAAAGGAAACCAUCUUGGCUGUAUUGUCUGUCCCAACAGCUUGUCCUGCUUAGUAUUUACAUAGCAGAUAUAAGGAAAAGAAUGCCCACAUUUACAUCCAUUUUUUGUUAUUGUGCCAGUGCAUCUACAAUGAAAGCUUUACAAGUAAAAAUGUGUACUGUUUGUGCCUAGAGCACCUAUGUAGACUUAUGUGUUUCCAUAACUACUAGCAAACUGUGUAGUCUGAAAUGACUGUAGAAAGGUCCCCCUUUGCAACAUAGACUAUAAACUCUACAAAGUCUG